GUGCCAGUGAGAGCGUGGGGAAGCACAUGCUGGAGGCAUGCAACAACAACCUGGAGAUGGCUGUGACCAUGUUCCUGGAUGGAGGAGGCAUCGCGGAGGAGCCGAGCACCAGCUCCGCGGGGGUGUCUGCCGGCCGCCCCCACACCGAGGAGGAAGUACGAGCUCCCAUCCCUCAAAAGCAAGAGAUUCUGGUGGAGCCUGAGCCCUUGUUUGGAGCCCCCAAGAGACGUCGACCCGCGCGCUCCAUAUUCGACGGCUUCCGGGAUUUCCAGACGGAAACCAUCCGGCAGGAGCAGGAGCUCCGGAACGGAGGGGCAGUGGAUAAGAAGCUCACGACUCUCGCAGACCUCUUCAGGCCUCCCAUUGACCUGAUGCACAAAGGCAGCUUUGAAACGGCCAAGGAGUGUGGUCAGAUGCAGAACAAAUGGCUCAUGAUAAACAUUCAGAACGUGCAGGAUUUUGCUUGUCAGUGUCUCAACCGUGACGUGUGGAGCAAUGAGGCUGUGAAGAACAUCAUCAGGGAGCACUUCAUCUUCUGGCAGGUGUACCACGACAGUGAGGAGGGGCAGCGCUACAUACAGUUCUAUAAGUUAGCUGACUUCCCCUAUGUCUCCAUCCUGGAUCCCAGGACAGGCCAGAAACUAGUGGAGUGGCACCAGCUAGAUGUGACUUCUUUCCUGGACCAAGUGACCGGAUUCCUGAGUGAGCAUGGGCAGCUGGAUGGCCACUCCACCAGCCCACCCCAGAAGUGCUCUCGCUCAGAGAGCCUCAUCGAUGCCAGUGAGGACAGCCAGCUGGAAGCUGCUAUCAGGGCCUCCCUGCAGGAGACACACUUUGAUUCCUCCCAGGCCAAGCAGGAGAGUCGCUCGGAUGAGGAGUCAGAGUCAGAGCUCUUUUCUGGGAGCGAAGAGUUCAUUUCGGUGUGCGGAUCCGAGGAGGAGGAGGAGGCAGAGAUUCCUGCCAAGCUCAGAAAGUCUCCACACAAGGACUUGGGGUACAAAAAGGAGGAGAGCCGGAGGCCUCAGCCUGAGCCCUCUGCAAGGACUGAGCCUGGGCCCACAGCAAACCACAGAGCACUGCCCUGCGCGGACGCAGCGACGCCGGAGCCGUCGCCUGACAAGCCUGAGAGCUCGUGUCGGGGCCUCGAUGCCAACGGACCAAAGGCACAGCUGAUGCUAAGGUAUCCAGAUGGAAAGAGGGAACAAGUUUCACUGCCUGAGCAAGCUAAACUUCUGGCCCUGGUGAAACACGUGCAGUCCAAAGGGUACCCCAACGAGCGCUUCGAACUGCUCACCAACUUCCCCCGGAGGAGACUCUCCCACCUGGACUAUGAGAUCACGUUACAGGAGGCAGGCCUGUGUCCUCAAGAGACUGUCUUUGUGCAGGAAAGGAAUUAGCACCGUGGCCUGAGUUCUCCCAGCCUUCCUCCCCUCUCCUCUUUGCCUGGGACACCAAUCCUGAAAUAUGCAGUUAAGGGUCAUAGGAU